AUGUAUAGUGUUUCUGAUGAUGGAAAAAGAAGUUUGGAAUCGAAUUUUAAAAAUUAUUGAAAAUUUAUAUGAAGAAUUGGGGUUUAUUUGAUUAUUGCGCUUUUGUUUUAUUUUUUAAAUAUUUUGUAUUUGUAUAAAAGUUGUACCUCAUUGCUGCAUUUAAGGCCAAGCUUAUUAAGAGAUGUUAUAAAUACCCUAGUCUCUUAUAAAGCUUUGAUAGUUUGGUCUAGUGAAAUAAAUUAGCUUAAUUAAGCAUUAUAUUCAAAUCUGAGUCGCAAAACUAUUAUGAGUCUUUGCUGAAAAUCUCCUAAUUCUCUAGUUUAGAAUUAGGCUUUUAAUAUAAUCUGUUGUAAAAAUUGCUUGGUCAGCUAAAUUCCCUUUUCAUAUGAAAUUCUGAAUUUGGCAGUAUUUUAAUGCAUAUUAUAUUUAGCAUGCAUUUUAACAAAUGCAUUCAUGGCAAGCAAUAUUUGCAACACAUUAUAUUAGUUUAUAAUUUUAGUGAAAUGACAGUAGUUAAUGCUCCUCAGUCUCUAACCGUUUUAUUAGCAGAAUCUUAUCCAUUUACAAACUUAGAAGCAAAAUUUAAUGAAGCAUUUCAAUCGGCCACUUAUUCAGUUAAACAAAUAAGAGAUAAAAAAUACUCACCUCUGCUUUCUCACGAUUUUAUGGCCAUAUUUUAUGAAAAAGUGCCAGACUCUAUACUCUCAUUGAGCGAGCAAAAUAAUUAA